AAAUAAACAUAUAGACAAAGCGACCAAAAUUAAUUACAUAAUGUAUGAAUACUUUGUCGAUAUCUGGAACAUGAGCCAUGAAGUCGUCGUAACUAAUGAAUGGGGCCAGGAGUUCCACCCUUCUAAGCUCUACUAUAAAGGGCUGUUAGGCGACUUGUGCCACGAAAAAGCAGAUGCUGCCGGCACCGUCAUGUUUACGCCUACCGAGCGCCUAAAGUACUUCAAGUUCCUGGUAAGCACCACCAAGGAAAUGUCGCUGCAUUUCAUAUUUCGGGCGCCGCCCCUGCCCUAUUCCCACAACCUGUUUGCCCUCCCUUUCGAUACGAAUAUCUGGAUCAGUUGCGCGAUUGUUCUGAGCCUUUGCGGCCUGGUCAUCUGGAUUAUCAUGAGCUGGGAGGCGAAAGUUGCGAGUUUUGCCGCCAAUCGCCAGAUGCACAAUGAAAAUGCUGCCAGUUUUCUGGAUAUUGUCAUGAUGCAGGUGAAUGUGUUGAAGCCGAAGAAUGUCCAGAUUUGGGAGCAAUUUUGGAGGUUCUAG